CAAAAACAAAUCGAAUGUUUUUCCGUUGUUUUAUUCGAAUAGCCAACAUUAGUCGAUAUAGUGGUGGGUGUGUGUGUGUGUGUUUGAUGUGUUCGAUGGGUGGAUGAUGCCGCCUAUCUGAUUAUUCUGAAAUUCCAACAAAAAACAAAAAAUUCCUGGUUUCAACAAUGUGAUUCAUUUUCAAAUGAAAUUUUCUUCUUUCUUUUCUCGUCACCCUCAUUUCAAACAAACAAAAAACAAUUAUGAUUGUGCGUGGGUGUAUUGUGUGAAAUUCGUUCGAAAGAUCAAUAAAAAAAACUAGUCAUUGAUUUUGUUUGUUAAACAAUCAAAAAAAAAAAGGAUUGCAUCAAUUAAUCAUCAUGCCAGAACAACAUAAACGUAUCUGGUUUCAUCGAAAUCGAAUCAAUUACAAUGAUUUUAAUUCAUUGAUGAUGAUAAUAAUUUUAUCAAUAUUAUCAUCAUCAACAUUGUUGAUAAAUGCAUUUAAUUUGGAUACAUUUACAGCAUUAAUACAACGUGGUCCAACCGAUACUUAUUUUGGUUUUUCGGUUGCAUUACAUAAAGAUCGUAAUGUUAGCUGGUUAUUAGCCGGUGCACCAUUAGCACAAACUGAUCAACCAAAUGUUGAACAUGGUGGUGCUGUUUAUCGUUGUUCAAUUGAUUCAAUAAAUACAUGUCAACAAAUACAAUUUGAUCGUACUGGACCAUCGGUUGUUAAAAUAAAAGGACAUGAUUAUCAAGAAGAUGAAAAAUCUAAUCAAUGGUUUGGUGCUACAUUACAUAGUCAACCGGAAGGACCUAUUGUAGCAUGUGCACCAAGAUUUGUUUAUUUUACCAAUAGCCUAACAAGACGAGAUCCAAUUGGUACUUGUUGGAUAUCACGUGGUUCAUUUACCGGUUUUUAUCAAUAUUCACCAUGUCGUAAUAAUAAUUGGGGUUAUCAUCGGCAAGGUUCAUGUCAAGCUGGUAUUGCAGCAGCCGUUACAAAAAAUGGUAAACAAUUAUUUAUCGGUGCACCGGGUAGUUUAUAUUGGCAAGGACAAAUAUUUGAACAUGAUUUAGAAUUAAUGACAAGUAUUCAAUCGAAAAAUAAAGCACUUUCAUCCGAAGAUGAUAGUUUUCUUGGAUAUUCAAUAACUGUUGGACAAUUUUCCGGUCUAAAUGAUCGUAAUUAUGAUGCUGCGGUUGGUAUGCCAAAAGGAAAUAAUCAUACCGGUAAAGUUGUUAUAUUUAAUUCAUUAUUACAAAAUAUUGCCAAUAUUAGUGGUGAACAAAUGGGAUCAUAUUUUGGUUAUUCAUUAGCAACUGCUGAUAUUAAUGGUGAUGGUUUAGAUGAUAUUAUCAUCGGUGCACCAUUAUAUUCAUCACCAAAUGAAAAAGAUCAAAGCUAUGAAAAAGGUCGAAUCUAUGUUGCAUUACAAAAUCGUGAUCAUCAAUUUCGUAUAAAAUCUGAAAAUGGUUUUGUUAGUGGUAAAACAAGUAAAGGACGUUUUGGUCUUUCAAUUGCAUCAUUAGGUGAUAUAAAUAAAGAUGGUUUUGAUGAUUUAGCAGUUGGUGCUCCGUAUGAUGGACCAAAUUCAAAUGGAAUUGUUUAUAUUUUGCUUGGAUCACGUAAUGGAAUUAUAACGGAAUUUUCACAAACAAUACAUGCUGAAGAUAUAUCGGAUCCAGGAUUACGUACAUUUGGUUAUAGUUUAUCUGGUGGUAUGGAUAUUGAUUCAAAUACUUAUAAUGAUUUAUUGAUUGGUGCAUAUCAAUCCGAUCGUAUUAUAUUAAUGAAAGCCAGACCAGUUGUUAAUGUAACAGCAACAUUACAAACAACAAAAGAUAAUAUUAAUCUUGAAGAUCGUGAUUGUACAACAAAUGAUGGUAAUCGUGCACUUUGUGUUACAAUCAAAGUUUGCCUAUCAUAUUCCGGUGUUGGUGUUGAUAAUAGACUUGAAUUUCAUUAUCGAACAACGCUAGAUGCAAGUGUAUCAUCAACAAUGCCCCGUUUAUAUUUUCUACAUAAAGAACAUGAAAAUGAAGAAGAAUUGGUUACAAUUUUAAGCAAAGGACAAACAUGGUGUAAAGAACGUCAAGCAUAUUUUAUUAAUAAUGUUCGUGAUAAAUUAACACCAAUCAAUAUAACAUUAGAAUAUUGGCUACCAAGAAUGUCACGUUCAUCAUCAUCAUCAUCAUUAUUGGAUCAAAAUAAUAUUCCUAUUGAAUAUCCGAUGGGAACAAUAUCGGUUGAUUCACGUUUAACACCUAUCCUAAAUAAUGUACAGCCAAGUUUUUUAAGUAAACAAUUAUCGAUUAGAAAAAAUUGUGGCUAUGAUAAUAUCUGUAAACCUGAUCUAUCAUUAUCGGCUAAAUUAAAUGUAGAUGAAUAUGUUGUUGGUAGUCGAAAAAAAUUAUUAAUGUCCGUUUGGAUUAAAAAUCAAGGUGAAGAUUCAUAUGAAACAAUAUUCAAUAUGCGUAUGCCAUAUGAUGUACAAUAUAUUCGUAUAAAUAAAUCGGCUGCACAUCCGGAAAUUGUUUGCUAUGGUGCAAGACCAGAAUUAACUGGUGUUAAUGAUUUAACAUGUGAUAUUGGCAAUCCAUUACGAUCGGGUAAAACAGCUGAAUUCAUUAUCAUUAUGGAACCGGCAAAAAUUAAUUCAGCAACAACACCAAAUUAUCUAUUUUUAAUGAAUGUAACAAGCGCUAAUAUUGAAAAUGAAAAUCAAUUAGAAAAUAAUCGUUAUGAAAUUGGUAUACCAUUACGUGUACAAGCUGAUUUGAAUAUAUUUGGUUUAUCCGAACCAGAAGUUAUUUCAUAUAAUUAUUCUACGUUGGAAACAUGGAAAAAACCACAAAAUCUUGAAGAUAUUGGCCGAGAAUUUAGUCAUUCAUAUACAGUACAGAAUAAAGGUAUGACAACAAUUAGUCGUGCUGAAAUCACAAUAUUAUGGCCAACAAGAGAUCUACGAGGAAAUUUUCUAUUCUAUCUAAUCGAUCAAGUACAAAUAAAAGGUCGUCCAAAUAAAGGUUUCUGUCGUACAAUUACACGUGAUGAUCUUAAUCCACUUGGUUUAAAGUCUCGUAGAUCAAAUAAUCAUCAUUUGAUUCAUCGUCAAACAAGAGCAUUACCAAAUAUUUUCAAACGAAAACAAACGACAACGACGACUGAAGAUUCAGAAGAAGCUGAACUUCAGGCCAAAUAUAAAGCACUUACAAGUUCAUGUUUGGAUGUUGCAAAAUGUACAAAAAUCGAAUGUAUAGUACAAGAAUUAGAAACAAAUGAAAGUGUUGUAUUUACAAUACGAUCACGUUUCUGGAAAGAACAAAUUCAAUUAGUUGGAUUAGAAGAAUUUGAACAAUCAUCAAAAAUGAUUGCAAUGAUCACUGCCUUACCAUAUGAUGUACAUAAAAGUUUUCUACAGCCAACAAUACAGACAAUUAAAACAAAAAUAUUCGUUACCGGUAUGGGACGAAUAGAAUUAAUUCCAUUAUGGUUAAUAAUUGCCGCCAUUCUAAUUGGUUUGCUCAUAUUAGCAAUAUUGGCUUGUUGUUUAUGGAAAUUAGGAUUCUUUAAACGUAAACGUCCACCAAGUUCAUCAUCCGAUCGUGAACCGCUUCGUAAUUCAUCACUUUAGGACUAUUUUUUUUUUCUUC